AUGACUGGUGAAUCAGAGAGAACAUAUUGCUUCAAAACCGAAAAUAAGUUCAUUGUUAAAAGUGGAUGUAAAAAGCGGAUGUGGAGAUCAUUAAAGCAAAUAUUGGUUGCAGACAGGGCUUUACCAUGGACGGAGGAUGCGGUUCUUUAUUAUUCAAUAAAUGCCCCUCCAACUUUUAAACCAACUAAAAAAUACUCUGAUAUAUCUGGAUUACCAGCACCUUAUAUGGAUCGUCACUCAAAACUUUACUAUAGUAAUGCUGAAGAGUUUGCAACUGUUAGAAACCUUCCAAUGGAUAUUACAGCGGGAUAUUUACAAUUAAGAGGAGCUACAACAAUUGUUGGAUAA